GGCGCUGCGGGCUGGAGCCCUGCCGCGCUCGGCCAGGCUGGGGCGUCGCGCGCGGCUGCUCCUGCGGCCGGUCGUCGGCCGGCACGGGUGCUGGGGGCCCUGCGGUGUCAGGCUCUCAGCGCAGAGCACGCAGGAGGAGGAGGCAGACGAUGAGACAGUUCUCCCUCCUGGGAGCAGGAGCAGCGGGAGCCAGCCUGGAGGGAGGCGAGUGAGACGCCCAGAGCUGGGAGCCACCGAGCUCCCCUGCCGAGAAUGGUGUGAAAAUUCCUAAAAAAUUGGGGAUUGAGGAGACUGAAGAAGUGUCCAGACGGGCUGAUGGGCUCAGCUGGUAGGCUCCACUGUCUCACCAUGACUGCCAAAAACCCAACACCCAGAGACGUGGCUCCGGCACCCCUGGUCACUUGCAAACUCUGCCUUUGUGAACAUUCUCUGGACAAGAUGACCACCCUGCAGGAAUGCCGGUGCAUCUUCUGCACAGCCUGCCUGAAACGGUACGUGCAGCUGGCAAUCCGAGAAGGAUGCGGGUCUCCCAUCAGUUGCCCCGACGUGGUGUGCCUAAACCAUGGGACCCUGCAGGAAGCUGAGAUUGCCGGUCUGGUACCUGUGGAUCAGUUCCAGCUUUACCAGCGGUUAAAAUUUGAACGAGAGGUUCACCUGGACCCCUACCGGACAUGGUGUCCCGUCGCAGACUGUCAGACGGUGUGCCGCGUGGCGUCCAGUGACCCAGGACAGCCCGUGCUGGUGGAGUGCCCUUCUUGCCACUUGAAAUUCUGCUCGUGUUGCAAGGACGCUUGGCAUGCAGAUGUCUCCUGCAGAGACAGUCAGCCUGUGGUCCUGCCCACAGAGCAUGGGGCCCUCUUUGGGACAGACGCAGAAAGCCCCAUUAAGCAGUGCCCAGUUUGCCGGGUUUAUAUUGAACGCAACGAAGGCUGUGCUCAGAUGAUGUGCAAGAACUGCAAGCACGCAUUCUGCUGGUACUGUCUGCAGAACCUGGACAAUGACAUUUUCCUCAGGCAUUAUGACAAAGGACCGUGUAGGAACAAACUGGGCCACUCCAGAGCAUCAGUGAUGUGGAACCGAACACAGGUGGUGGGGAUUCUCGUGGGAUUGGGCAUCAUCGCCUUGGUGACUUCACCCUUGCUCCUCCUGGCCUCCCCGUGUAUAAUCUGCUGUGUCUGCAAGUCCUGUAGGGGCAAGAAGAAAAACCAUGACCCAUCCACAACCUAAAGGCUCUGUCCGUGCUCACGUUCCACGGGUGUCUGGGUUCCACUAGUCAGCACAGUGAUAAAGCCCCACUCAGUGAACUCGCCUCCUUCUUCUUGCCAAACUUUGCAAGUGCCUCUUGCGUCCAGACUUCGGACUUGCCUGCCAGCCUCCGGCAUUGGAAAAGGCCAAGUCCGUGAUGCUUGUGUUCCUGUGGAAAGAGAACGCGCUUCUCCAGUCCAGGCCAUGUCUAAGGAGCGUGUCUGGAAGCUUUGGGAUGGCUUGCGGGGAACUAGGACUUCAUUGUUUGAUCACUUAAAGGAUCCCAACUGGGCUGUUGAACUUCCAGCCAAAUUCAAGGGGCCUGAGUGAACAUUCGAUAUAAUAAAUACGUUGUCUAACUGUUGGCAGCAUAUGUGGUAUCUGAGAAGCAGAAGUCUGCUUUGUGUUGCUUUGACCAACGUGGAAGCAUGGAGGGGAAGGGUAAGACUGCUUAAGGAAAGUUCUCGUAGCAGCUACAAAGCAGGCUGCUUGUCUUAGGAGUAGAUGUGGUGGUUCUGCCUUUGCCGGCCGCUCGAUGUACUGGUCCCAGCAUUCCCACACUGCCUUGGCAGAAACACAAUAGAUUUCUCCUUGUGUGAUCUGGGAAACCCUGGUGGCAUAGUGGUUAAGAGCAACAGCUGCUAACCAAAAGGUCAGCAGUUCAAAUCCACCAGGCGCUCCUUAGAAACCCUACCGGGCAGUUCUACUCUGCUCUAUACGGUCGCUGAGUCGUAAUCAACUCGGUGGCAGUGGGUUUGGUUUGUGUCAUCUUGGCUUCAAGAAGGAGAAACUGCUGUGAGAGUUGUCCCUUCCCAGCAAUCGAGGUGCAGCACGUAGAGCAGUCUGGUCGAACUCAGUGUCCCCCCCCGGGCAGGUGGAACUCCCUGCAGGCCAUCGGCUCUGCUCUUACAGCCAGUAGCCAGACAAUUGCUUUAGAUGAAAUAUGGGUAGGGUAGGAGAGGUGCAGAACCCUCACCAUAGAUAACAGGGACCUUUCUUCUGUGUCCAUGCACCCAACGGAUGGAGAAUUGGAUCUAAAGAUACACACCAGGAGCAAAGAUUAAAGUCCGUAUGCACAUCUAGAAUCCAUAUAAUUUCCGGCCCACCCAGAAUUCCUAUCCCUUGGGCACGCAUGGAUAUACCCAACAGUACACACAAAAUAAAUGUUUACUGAAAAGCCAUUUUAUCUUUCCUUCUGUGACCAAUAUGGUUUAUUAUAAAUCAACCUACAUAUUUUUUGCACAUUAUAUAUGUGAAUUUUGGUUCUGAGUUAAUAACUUAUCCGAGGGUGUAUGUAAACUCAUAAAAAUAACUCUUUUAAAACAGUAAAUAGUAUAAUAGCAUGUCAUCUCUUUUUGUAAAACAAACUGAGAAUCACGUGAUGUACAUAUUUUCAAACAAUUCUGAGCGGUUCUGUUUUCGGCAUCGUUUCAUCCUGCCCUUUCGGCAUCUGUUGAGGCCGUCUGAGGACUUUCUGUUUGUAAAAGGCCCCGACGAAACAAUAAUAAAUAGGUAAGAAAUAAAACCUCAAUGCUUGCUAUUUCCUAAAGGGUGUGGAUUGAUGUCACUUUACUGUGACUUGUUUUUCCUAUUAUCAGCUGUUUAAUAAACGGGUUUUGAAAAGAUAAAAAACUUUUUCUCCGGUGACAGGAUUAUACAUAAUUACCAUUAGUCACACGGGAUGGCGCUUCAUGAUAACUGUACUCAGUGUUCAUGGGGAGCUUGUCUUGACGCCAGGAGUACCAUCUCAGGAACCGUCCGGGCCUGUGGUAUGUUUUGAGGUAACUGGUGUGUUCAAUUGCUGCUAUCUUGGACCUAUUAUUAAAGGAUGAUGCUUUGCUUAUGUAAUGGAACGUGUAUACUAAGUGGGAAUGCGUGUAUUUAAAGUACUUUAAUUCACGUGUAUAUACUUGAUAUAUGUGUAGUACAUCUGUUGGUCACGUACAGUUUAUUUACAGCUUAUACAGAACAUAGAUGAGAACUCCGGGAAAACUUUUGACUGGCAACCAACCCAAACCAUUUUUAAUCAUGUAUUAGACAUUUCUCAAUAUUAAGAGUCUUUGCUUUUCUUCUAAAGCACUAAACACUUCAGGAAAAAAAAAACAACCCUCUUCUAUCGAAGUGUUUUGUAUUAGUAUGAAUAUCAUUGUACAUACACUUGUGUAGGCCACUGCCUUUACUUACAUACACAUAGCCUACUGCCUCAUCGUAGGUACGAGGGCAUUUAUAACUGCUCAGGGGAUCACAGGAACUCAGCUGAAAUGGAACUUUUAUGACAAGAAUAUCAGUAUUGGCCGUGUACUCCUCCUAAUUAAACUCUCCAGGCUUGGAAACCCUGGUGGCAUAGUGGUUAAGAGCUAUGGUUGGUAACCAAGAGGUCAGCAGUUUGAAUCCACCAGAUGCUCCUUGGAAACCCUAUGGGGCAGUUCUACUCUGUCCUAUACCAUCACUAUGAGUAAGCCUGGCUCCACAAAGAAUCUUUAAACAGGAGCUGGUUUCAAGUAACCGAAAAUGUUAUCAGAAGGACAGCUCCUGAAUUUGGAGUAACGGUGGAAGAAAGCAUCCAUUUCCUUGGCAAAACUGAAGGAACUUGUCUUCUCAUAGAGAUACUGUAACAGAAUCACCUCCUUUUUUGGGGGGAGAGAGGGUUGUUUGCCAAACAGAUUUUAAAUAACUGGAUUUAACUUUUAAAAUGUUGGUAAGUGCCUUGGUGUGGGGGAGGCGGGGGGAAGGAGGACGACUUCUUUUUUAACCAGCUAAAUGAAUUGGCCUGUGUGAGAUUGUCCGAAUCAACAGGAACCAGUUGGUAGGUUAAACCCAGACGUAUCUCUGGUGUAUCAAAGGGCCAGACCAAGACGAUCUAGAGGCUUUGUUUACAGGGAGACAGCUGAUACCAACAGAGGCUCGUAUUUUCAUUUUGGAUGAUUGGCAAGUGAAGAAUUUCACCUUAUCUCCUUCCUCUGUCAGCUUUAUCCUCUCCUAGUGAUUCUGUGCUAGGAAGAAAUAUAAGUCUAGAUAAUAAUGUUUGGAUGUUGUGGCAAAAAUAUUUUUGUGUUUGAAGUAAGCAUAAACCAAAAAAAAAAACUAAACAAGUUG